ACCUCUCCCUGCCCGGGUGCUCCGGCCGCCGCUGCAUAGCCAACUUUGGAAAAAGUUUUUUCGGGGAGACUCGGGCUUUGAGGUGCCGGGCCCUGAGCUUUCCGAUUUGGGCGACCUCUCCAGAAGAUGUUGCAAAAAAACUAGGCCGGCGGGCAGAGGAAAACGCCUGUAGCCGGCGAGGGAAGACGAACCAUCGAGUGCCGCGUUCCUUCUCUAGGAGGUUGGAGUCCUCGGGGCGCCCCCACACGGCUAGACGCCUCGGCUUGGAUCGCGACGCAGCCCCCCGGCCGUGGAUGCUCGCGCGGGCUCGGGAUCCGCCCAGGUAGCGGCCUCGGACCCUGGUCCCGCGCCCAGGUCCUCCCCAGCCCCCCAGCGACGGAGCCCGGGGGCCAUGCGGGUGAGCGGCGGCGGCGGCUGCAGCGGCCUGAGCGCCUGAUCGCCGCGGACGGGAGCCGAGCCCACCCCCCUCCCCAGCCCCCAACCCUGGCCGCGGGGGCGGCGCGCUCGGUCUACGCGUCCGGGGCCCCGCGGGGCCGGGCCGGGAGUCGGCAUGAAUCGCUGCUGGGCGCUCUUUCUGUCUCUCUGCUGCUACCUGCGUCUGGCCAGCGCCGAGGGGGACCCCAUUCCUGAAGAGCUCUACGAGAUGCUGAGUGGCCACUCCAUCCGCUCCUUCGAGGACCUCCAGCGCCUGCUGCACGGAGACUCCGGAGAUGAAGAUGGUGCGGAGCUGGACCUGAACGUGACCCGAUCCCACUCGGGAGGAGAGCCGGACGGCUUGUCCCGCGGCAGGAGGAGCCUGGGCUCCCCCACAGCCGCCGCCGAGCCAGCGGUGAUCGCCGAGUGCAAGACGCGCACCGAGGUCUUCGAGAUCUCCCGGCGCCUCAUCGACCGCACCAACGCCAACUUCCUGGUGUGGCCGCCCUGCGUGGAGGUGCAGCGCUGCUCCGGCUGCUGCAACAACCGUCACGUGCAGUGCCGGCCCACCCAGGUGCAGCUGCGGCCCGUGCAGGUGAGAAAGAUCGAGAUUGUGCGCAAGAAGCCCACCUUCAAGAAGGCCACGGUGACCCUGGAGGACCACCUGGCGUGCAAGUGUGAGACGGUGGCAGGCGUGCGGCCCGCGGCCCGGAGCCCGGGGGGGUCCCAGGAGCAGCGAGCCAAGGCACCCCAGACCCGAGUGGCCAUCCGGACGGUGCGUGUCCGCCGGCCGCCCAAGCGCAAGCACCACAAGUUCAAGCACACGCCCGACAAGAAGGCGCUCAAGGAGACCCUCGGGGCCUAGGGGCAUCGGCAGGAGAGUGUGGGCAGGGUUAUUUAAUAUGGUAUUUGCUGUAUUGCCCCCAUGGGGUCCUUGGAGUGAUAAUGUCCCCCUCGUCCGUCUGUCUCGAUGCCUGAUUCGGA